AGCGAUUGUCGCGUUUCUCUGCGUCUGUUAAAUUGUUGCAGUGUAGCGGCGCGCGCAAGUGGCCUGGCGCCGAGAUUAGGCGAUUAAAAAGAGGGUGGGGAUUCGCAGUAUAAAUCAAAGCAGAUCCCUGCGCCGGCAACACUCAGUGCUCCCUGAUUGCACCAUGAAGUUCCUGAUCGUCCUCGCGGCCGUGGCGGCCGUCGCCACCUGCUGGAACAUCCCCUCCGACGAGGAGGUGGCCAACCACUGGCAGAAGUUCAAGGCCGACCACGGCAAGACGUACGCCAACGAGGUCGAGGAGACCCAUCGCGUCAAGAUCUUCAAGGAGAACCUCGUCAACAUCGCCAAGCACAACGAACGCUUCGACAAGGGCGAGGUGACCUUCAAGGUCGGCGUCAACAAGUACGCCGACAUGCUGACCCACGAGGUGACCUCCAAGCUCAACGGGUACCGCAGCGGCGUCAAGCACGCCGACCGCCCCGUGCACCAGGUGACCGUCGACGACGAGCCCUUCCCCUGGCCCUGGAACAAGAAGGUGGACUGGAGGUCCAAGGGCUACGUCACCCCCAUCAAGGACCAGGGCCAGUGCGGCUCCUGCUGGUCUUUCUCCACCACCGGCGCCCUGGAGGGUCAGAUGUUCAAGAAGACCGGCAAGCUCGUCUCGCUGUCCGAGCAGAACCUGAUCGACUGCUCCAACGAGUACGGCAACUACGGUUGCGACGGCGGUGACAUGGACCCCAGCUUCAACUACAUCAAGGACAACGGCGGUAUCGACACCGAGGAGUCCUACCCCUACGAGACCAAGGCUGGCACCUGCAGGUACUCCAAGGACAACAGCGCCGCCACCGUCACCGGCCUGGUCGACAUCGCCGCCGGCUCCGAGAAGGCCCUCCAGGACGCCGUCAAGAAGGUCGGCCCCAUCGCCGUCGCCAUCGACGCCAGCAACUGGUCCUUCCAGAUGUACAGCGAGGGCAUCUACAACGAGCCCUCCUGCUCCACCACCGACCUCGACCACGCCGUCCUCGCCGUCGGCUACGGCAGCGACGGCCGCAACAAGGACUACUGGAUCGUCAAGAACUCCUGGGGCACCUCCUGGGGUGAGAAGGGCUACAUCAGGAUGGCCCGCAACAAGAAGAACAACUGCGGUAUCGCCUCCGAGGCCAGCUACCCCACCGUCUAAAUUACUCUCUCCGAUCUGCUCUUCAAGGCGCCAGGGCGCACUGGUGCAUCGCGUGUGAAUGCCUAAUAAAAUCAAGGUUUCCAACGCCAA